AUGACAAAUGGUAAGUUUGAUGUGACGUGUGUUGUUUUAUAAGUCAUCUUGCAGGAGAUGCACUGUUUUCAAAGUUAAGAAGCAGACGUUAGCGAGAUACUGUAGCUUUAGCUAGCUAGCUAUCCCUCUGUGAUUCCAUUACCUAGCAUUGUGCCAGCUACUUUGCUAGCUAGCUACCAUCUAUUUCUGUAGACGUGGCUACAGACCGUACUGUAGCUAGCCAACAUCAUUUUGCUAACAUUUUGAUUGAUGAACUGAAAAAGUGCAUCAUCAAUUUGCAACCUAAUACGGCCAUCUGGUAACUAGUUAGCUACUUAGCAAGCUAGCUACCUAUGUUGUGACAUGUUUGGUGGGCAGUUUAUAAAUCAUGUAGCUAUUACUGGCUCCUACAGCCAUCUAUGGAACCCUGCUUUUGUAAUUGAUAUUGACAUAGCUAGCUAGCUAUCUAGCUAGCUAAUCACACAGGUAUCAGGUGUAGCCUAGCUGCCAAACUGGUUGUUGUAGACCGCAAAUAGUGAUUGUGUGCUAGCUACAACAAGAUACAAUCUGUCAAUCUAUUGUUGUCAAUAAAAUAUUCAACUAUCCAAAGCAAUGUUAGUUAUUCUUCGAAAAUUGAACGACCAUCCAUGUCAUCUUAAAACCAAAUUAUGUGUUUUUUUCUCCCCUCUGCCCCUCCCCUCAGUGUACUCGUUGGAUGGGGUUGUGGUGUUUGGGAUUCUGUUCAUCUGUACGUGUGCAUACCUCAAGAAGGUGCCUCGUCUCAACAGCUGGCUACUCUCAGAGAAGAAGGGCGUGUGGGGGGUGUUCUAUAAAGGUAAGCCAUCAAUCAAUCAAGCCAUAAUGUCCAUCUAUGUAAUAGAAGAAUGGGACAUAAAUACUGGGUUUGUGUUACUAACUACAGCCAAAGAGCUAUGCUACAGUUUCAUCAUAGUCUGAAGCAGAGAGGUCCACUUACUUACCCCUACUUCUGAUCUACUGUCUUAUUUCUCCCUUAUUACCCCAUUCUAUUUCCCCCUGUCUUCCUCUGUCUGUCAAUCUCUCCCCUCUCUGUAUCCCUCCCCUCCAUCUCUAUCUCCCUUGCUCCCCCAUUCUCUCUCCCCCUUCUAUCUUCCUUGGUCUCUUUCGCUCUCUCUUUCUCUCCCUCUCUCUUUUGUCUCUCAGCUGCAGUGAUUGGGACCAGACUCCACCAUGCUGUGGCGAUAACCUGUCUGUCGAUGGCAUUGUACCUGGUCUUCUUAAAGUGA